UCCUUCUCACAACAUUACUUUCCAAUCUCAUUAAAAAAAAAAAACCACUUCCAAACUCGGUGCUCCACCGUUCCGACCAUUACCCAGCGUCACCGUGCCCUUUCAACUCCGUGUCUCCGUCUCAAACCCACCACUCCCUCUCAUUUCAUCCCAAACCUCAAUUCCUCCUCCUGAAUCUCAAACUCCAUUCCAUUCCCUUACCCGAAGAACCUUUUGUCCUGCUUCAAAUUCGCGGAAAUUAAAUUAGGGUUAGGGUUAGUAUAACACUUCAAUACGCUUGUUCUGCUUCAAAUAGUUUCUGUUCAUGCCUCGUUUUCGAGUUGGUAUCGUAUCGUAGCUGCACAAAUUUCCGCUUAAUUGAUAAUUUAGGGUUUGUGCUUUUGAUAUGUCUAAUUCAUCGAGGGGUCGAGUUACCAUUACUCUUGGACGCAGCGGUCAGGUUGUGAAGAGGGAUGUAUCUGCGGCAGAUGUUGCUUACUCUUCUUCUAUGUCUUCAGCUGGGAGUAAGCGGUCUGUGAGAGACAGAAUUGGAAAUAAUGCAGAUAGUUCCAUGUGGCAUGGAAAUGGGAUCGGCGGCAAUAAAAGACAGCGAGGAGAUGUAAGCUUGCAAAAUGGACAGGAAGAUCGGCGUAUUGGAAAAGAUGAUCUCCGACUGAAACUCAUGCAAAAAAAUGCAUCGAGGAGAACUGAAAGUAAUGGCAAUAAGAGGAAUAUCGAUCUCCGUGAAAAAUUGUCGAAGACAGCUCAUCCUCCGACGAACAGUUUUAAUUCUAAGCAGCGCAUGCCUGAACCAAGGGAUACAAGCUUGUACAGGCCAGUUCCCUCAGCUAGAAGUUCUGAUGAUUUAAUGCGUAUGGAAUCCAUGAGAAGCUCAUACUCUCCUUGGACACUGGAUCAAAUUCGGCAAAGAUCACCAGAUGGGUUUCCAAGUUCUUCCAGGGGGAUUUCCCCCCAAAGAAAUGUUGGAGACCCUCAGAGAAGGCCUUUAAACAGGGCAUAUGAUGGAGUCAGACCAGUUUCAUAUGCAGGUAGGGAUGUUAUUGAAACUUCAAGGCCUCCAAGUGCUGCACCUUCAUCUUUUAUGUCAAGAUCCACAAUAUCAUCAUUGCCUCCAGUUACUGCCAAACCUGUAGCAUCUCGUCCUGGCCAGCAUCCUCCAUCAAGCAGCGUUGCACAAAGGGUUCCAUUUGUGGGCGAGGAACAUCAAACACAAACUGUCGAUGGCCUGUUGCAAGCACUGGGACUUCAAAAAUAUGUCAUACUCUUCAAGGCCGAGGAAGUGGAUAUGACUGCAUUGAAGCAGAUGGGAGAAAAUGAUCUCAAAGAGCUUGGAAUUCCUAUGGGUCCAAGGAAAAAACUACUUCUUGCACUCUUGCCUCGUAAACGGCAGCAGUGUUGAUUUUCUUCUACGCUGGAGGCUAAAGUUGACUCAUUGUUGUAUCGCAGAGUUUUAUAAAACACUUAUUAGGUGAUGUGAAAUUACAUACAUGACAAAUUUUACUAGUAUUAAUGUCUUGUUCAGUGUGGGAUUUGGAUGUCCCGUAUAUUCACAGUCACAGUUUUGCAUUUGAGAACAAGUAUCAGUUGAAGUUUUGUGGGAAGUAUUGGUCUGUAACAUAUUCUGCCCAAACUUAUAACUGUAAGAAAUAGGAACUCGAAUCAAUUUAUUCCUAA